CACACUUGCUGCCUCACACAGCCAGACCCACUACAGUACAGGUGAGCGGCAUGACCAGACCGGCACACACCAAACAGGAAGGAGCACUAAAUCCCGGAAUUUUAUCUGUCGCUGUGAAACUGUGACCGCCGCAGACGUUGUCACCUGCAGUCCAUUAUGUUUAUCUUUACGGGGUGAGCCUGGACAGAAAAUGGACGAGGAGAGGGAUUAGAUGAAGUAUAGUGUACCCCAGUCAGACCUUUUAUCAAAAGCUCAGUUCCCAAAUUAAAAAAAAAGAGCUGUCAGAACAUAAGCAUCGUCUUAUUUUUUUUUUUUUCAGGAGCAAAACAAACAAACCAAAACUCUGAAUGGAGCAGCUGAUGAAUCCUUAAUUCCUUAAUCACCAAAUGAAAUAGGAACUUUCCCUCUCAAAUGUGGUUUUGUGAAUAAACACAAGUAAGAAAUUGAGCCUGCGGAGGCUGUGUCUGGCUCUACUGUAUAAUAAAGAACACAGGAAACUUCAGUAAAGCAACGCUAACCGACUACUUUGAAGCUCCGAAUACAAAUCAAGUCUCUGGAAUAACCUUUCCAGGAAGAAAUGCUAUUCCUCACAUGCACCUAACAGCAGGAAGCCCCCAUAUACACAGUCCCCCUUCACGUCACAGUAGAGUUAUGAUCGCCGAGAUAAAGGGCAGAUCCUUUUCUCCGAGAGAAAAAUAAUCUGCGCGCUUGAGAUAGGGAUGCAGACGAAAAGCAUGUUUUGGUUUACCGAAAUAGCCGAGGAGGAAGAGCAAAGUCUGGGAAAGAAGGGGAAAAAAGGAGAACUAAAGAGAUGCAAAUAGCGAAGACCGGACUGUUUCUCAUCCCUCUUUGCCAGAGUUUGAACAGAGCACAACAAACUUUCCUGGUGGACGUCCAUGGGAACUCAUCCAAGACACAUUGGAGCCGACCCUGUUAGACGGAGAAUAACUCUUCAUGAAGACCAAAGUGAGAGCACACAUCUUCCAUCAUAUUUCGGCAGACUGCAGGACAACAUUUGGAAGCACUAUUGCUGAAAGGGGAGCUGUCACCGGAAGCAGCAGCCCGGAGAGCUGAGCUACUCCUUUCCUUGUCCGAUUUUUUUUUUGUGUGUGUUUACUUUUACUUCCAAACUUUUUCACUGCCUGCCAGUGAGGAGUAAAAACGUCCAUCUUCCAACCGGAUCAGUGGAAGAUCAUCUUGUCCGCCGAGGAGAUUGAGCCGACCGGAACGAAAUCGUCGCACUUGCCCCUGCUGAGGGGCUUUUGUUUUUGCCGUAUAGCAGAGGAAUUUAACCGUGGGCAGCGAUGGAGAUGGGGAAGGGACAGACGUCUAUCAGGAGAGGGGUGAGCUGGAGUCCAGGGGGACUGAGGAAACCUCUCCAGGCAACGCAAGACAUGGACACUCCUGGGGCAGAGUGCAAUGCAUUGUGGGGGGAGACAGAAUUCAACAAAGAACAGAUGAGCCGGAAAACAAAUUUGACCCGGAGCGCCAGUUUAUCAGAGAAGGAGCUCAAAGAGGCCCGAGUCAGAAGCCAGAUCAUCGCUGCUCAGCUCACCGUCCCUUCCAACUCCAGCUCCAGAGGCGUGCAGCUCUUCAAUCGCCGCAAGCAGCGAGUCAACGCCUUCACACUCCAAAGCUGUGGAGAGGGGUCAGAGAAGGACAGAGUGGAGAAUGUGAAAACCGACCCCUCGUCUAACAAACUAACAUGGGCAGAGAGGAGCAGUGAGGAAAAAGAUAGAGAUCUCAACUUAAAGAAUAGCACUACCAAACCAUUUUUCUCUCCACCUGUAAGGGUACCUACAGUAGAUGAUAUGGAGGAACCAAGCAAAGAUUUCCUCAGGGGAGAGGAUGUGGAGGACAGUGUUAUCCAAGAGAGACACUUCCUCCCUGUCAAGGAAGAGCAGGAGGAAGACGAAGAAGUAAAAGAUAAAAUCCACGAGGACAAAGAUGUGAUUCCCCCUGGAAGUAAUAAUACUGAACCAGGCAUGAUAGGGCAUGUUGAGGGGGAAGCAGAGAUAAAUAGGCGGCAAACCGGGCCGGCUCCCCGUGGAAGGCUUCUUAAUGGCUGCCACAGUGCCUCUAGAUCUGACAGUGUGUCUGUGUCCACAUCCAAGCAGACAAGUGCCAUCAUCAACAGAACCGCCAGGCCCUUUUUCUCCCCUCCGACAGUGCAGUCUCCAGAGGCAGCCAGACCUGUCAUGGACAUCCCCCCUCCUCCUUCCUACACCAAUCCUCCUCUGCCUACUUUCACUGCUCCCCAACCUGUGGCAUUCUCACCACCACCUCCGCCCCCAUCAUAUCCCACACCACCACUACCGGCCUUCACAAACCAACCGCCGCAGGCCUUCUACUCCAGUCCACCUCCCAUGUCUCCUGUGAUGUCGCAGUCUGCCCCUCCACCAUCUCAGUUCCCUGACUCUUCUGUAUCUCACUACCCACCAAUGCCUCAAUACGGCCCUCCCACAGCACCAAAGCCUUCCGCCUUUGUUCCUCAGCCCUCUGGAGAGAGGAAGCCAAUAUCGUCAAUCAAAACAGGGAUACUUGAGGAUGGAGCUGCAAGGAGGGCAGGUAGGAAGUCAAUGUUCACAUUCAAAGAGAAGCCGGUGGUAGCUCCGAACCCAGAGCUGCUGUCUAUGGUGCAAGGGGUGGAUGAAAGGAAGAAACACGGACAUAGAUCUGUGCCUGAGCCAACAUCAGAGGAAGAGUUACUGGCUCUGGGUGCAGAGGCCUCCAACUUCCUCGCCAAGGAAGAGAACAGGACAGAGGCGGCAAGAGCUCCAGAGUGGGCCUCCUGUCUUAAGAGCUCCAGGACCCGGCCAAGGGCAGACCACAGGCCAGAACAGACCCUUACCAAUGUUUCAGGAAAGGGGGCUGAGCUGUUUGCCAAGCGUCAAUCUAGGAUGGAGAAAUUUGUUCUUGAGAAUCAGAAUGCCGGUCAAGUGAGGUCUCCAUCUCCCACAAUGUCUCUGCCACCCUCAUGGGUUUUCCCAUCCAACAUGCCAGGGAGGGUCAAAGCCAUUGCUAAAAACUCUGACAUGAGCGCCCAGCUUUCUGAAAACCUGAAAUCCCAACAAGCAGUCAAGCAAAAACCGAAGCAAAAAGCUCCAGCCCCACAGCCAGUUCCAGAGCCGCCACCUUUAGAGAACGGAUGCUCCAAGAUAGAGAUGGACCUAUCAAGGCACCGGCCCUACCAGCUUAACUCAUCGCUCUUCACCUUUAACCCCGUCAAGGACCCCAUUAGUAUGCUACCCAGAGGAGCACCACAGGCCAAGAAUGUGAGCUCUACCCAAAUGUUCUCCAGACAGACUUCCUUUCCCAACAACCCUCCCUCUCAUUUCAGUACCCAGUGCAUGUCUCCUCAGCUCCCUCUCAGCCCCACAGGAGGAGCUGAAUAUCUGUCAAAUCCAGCCCCAGGGCAGCCAAUAAUCAGUUCUCCUAGGCCUACCUUUUCUCCAGAGCGUGUGUCCUCUCCCCGGUCAGGAGUCCAGGCACCAAGGCCCAUGUUUUCGGCCAAGAAGGCCGGGAUUGCACCACAGACACCGAAAGACUCAACCCCAGUUGAAACCUUUAGUGAGACUACAACACCAACCACGACGCCCAGUCUCACCAGACGUUUCAGCAGCCCAGAGGGUCCCGCCACAGGGACCUGGACUUCAAGCCUCAAAACGAAUCGACCCUCCACCACCUCCAGCACCAACCGCUCAUUCACUUCCCCUGUCUCCACUCCCAGGGGCACAAGAUGCCAGUCCCCAAUGACCAGUCAGAAUAUUCAAUUUUCCAGUGUUACAUCUGCAGCCACAUCUCCACGCUCACCUCAUUGGGGGUCUAGAUGUCAGUCUCCAAUGGUAAGCCAGAAUACUUCCACUGUCGCCCCAAUUUCUACAUCCAGACCCUCCCAAACAGCCACUGCCACAAAUCCAGUCUCUCCUCCUUGGGGUUCAAGAUGUCAAUCCCCAAUAGUAGGCCCAAAUACUUCCUCUGUCGUUACAUCCAGACCCUCCAAAACACCUACAGCCACAUCUCCUAUCUCUCCUCCUUGGGGUUCAAGAUGUCAGUCGCCAAUGGUAGGCCAGAAUUCUUCCUCUGUCGUUACAUCCAGACCCUCCAAAACACCGACAGCCACAUCUCCUAUAUCUCCUAUUUGGGGUUCAAGAUGUCAGUCCCCAAUGGUAGGCCAGAAUACUUCCUCUGUCAUUACAUCCAGACCCUCCCACACAUCUAUGGCCACAUCUCCUAUCUCUCCUCCUUGGGGUUCACGUUCCCAGUCUCCAGCACUCUCUCAGAGCAGUUUAUCUUUCCCCGCUGCUAAACCUCUGUACACAUCCUCUGCCACCUCUCCUAUUCCCCCAACCAAAGACAGUCGCUGCAUGUCCCCCACUGUUAAUAACAUAGACUCUAAGGCCAACCAUCGUCUCCUGGCAAAGAACAUCAUCAAUGCAGCCAAGCGUAAAAACAGCCCUUCCCCUGGCCACAGCCUCCCCAUCUCGCCUUUGGGAAAUUCGCACCAUGGCUACGAGUGUCACAAACCACCCACAAGCCCCUUCCAGGUGCGGGCAUUGGGGGCUCAGUCCCCAACCUUCACCAGCCCUCCUCCCACCCCGACACAGAGGAUCUGCUCCCCUGUGAGGCUUUACAACACUCGCUCCCUCACCGACUCUGAUGCCUCUGUUGAGUCUGAAGACUCGGGCCUCCGAUCGCCUGGCCUGCACUCCUACAACACUUGUCCCCGCGGCUGGGGCGGCAGCCUGAGGGUGAAGAGGAGCACCGUCUCCACUGACCUGUGAGGGUCUUGCGGGAUGACGAUUAAAGCAUAAUUUCAGUUUUCUUAGAUUUUAGGGUUAGGGUGCCAUUGGAUCAACCAGUAAAAAGAUAAAAUCAGAUAAAUGUUACCUUACUGCAAGUUUCAUUGCUGAUCCUGGACCUAGUAUAAGUAUUUUAUAUGACUCAAAGUCAUAGUACAGACUGACAAGAACAAGCUUUUAACCCAACACAGUUGCUAUGGCUUGUAUGCUUCAUUUAUACCAAAAAAAGGCUAAAAAUAACCAAAGAGAUUUGAUUCCUCUAAAAAUGAAUGUUAUACUUUUGACACCUUCACAACAAAUGUACCAUCACAGUCACUAUUACAGUUAAAUAGUGUUAAAGUAAAGGGGUAUUGUUUGGAAUGUUAUUGAUGAAUUAUAAUUGUAUUUACUGGUCUUGCACAAGGACAAGGGGGAGAAACUUAAACUGUUAAGGCAUAGAAGGGACUCACAAAGUGAAACUUAUGUAAAUACAUAUCUUGUUUGACUAUACAGUACUAUGGUUGAAGCAUUCUCCUUGUUCUGUAUUAACAAAGGAAAAUACUAUCCAGUGAAUUCAUAAUGGAUAUUGAUUUAGGCAAUGCUAGUUUAUAUGAGUUUCCAUAAUGUUUCCAUGAAAAAAACACAGUUGUAGGUAGGGCACAUGGUAUUCACAUUAUCGUACAUGGUUUAAGUAUUCACCACAUCUUAUUAUAAUUUUUUAUCAAAGGAAAAUAAAUAAUAUGCAUACUUAUCACAGUGCAAUAAUCAAUUUAACACCGUGUUUAUAUGUUGCUUUGAGUACUGCAUUUGCUAAAAUGAAUGUAAGGUUUACAGACAGGUUGAGAAAGAAUGUUAGAAAGAAGAAGGAAGAGUUGAGUAUGAAGAGUUAGGUAAGAGUUAGAUGGAACAUAGACGUACCUGGUCAAUUGAACACUGUUUCCAUGUUUCAGGAAAAAAAAAGAUUCAAAGUAGUUUUUUUUGCUAAUGCUUAAACAUUGAUGAUGAACAAUUUCCUGAACCAAUGUUGGCUGAAGUGCAGAAUGAAUGGCAUUUUGAUUGUAUUAAUCGUUUGGGAGUAUGUAUGCCUAUUUUUGUGGAUUUUGCUGAUGACAAACUCUGUUUGUGAGAAAAGGAUCAGAGGAAAAGUAUGUAUUUUAAAUACAAUUGAAACUGUAAUUUGCCUUAUCUUUAACUUUUGAAGUUUCUUUUUAUACUUGAUUUGCACUUCUAUUCAUUCCAUUUCAGCAGCUAAGUUUGCAUUUAUUAGAUUUAGAUUUGCUCAAAAAGGUGUCAUUCACAUUAAGACCAGCAAAUAAAACAUCCAUCCAUAAAAAUAAGAAUAUCCCUGCUGCUACUAUGCAACAUGUUGAUAUGAUGGUGGCAGUUAGCUGUAAACCUGACCGCUCCUUUAAAACCACAGCUAGCUCUCUGUUUCAAGUGUGGGAUAACUUAAUGCCGUCUGGCCCGGUGCGGUCACACACAACAGAUCAUUCUUUCAUUUCCUGACAUGUGGGGCCAAGUGCAUCAGCACGUUCCUAAAUAUUUACUUCAGUGUGUCUUUGGAGUGACAGGGACACCUGCUACAUCGUGACCUGGCUCCUUCAGCAGGAUGAAGUCCAUCACUGUCAUGGAUUUAUUUCAACCUGGUUCACCCCUGGAGUUUUGCAAGCAUUUCUUUUUGUUUUUGGUUCUGUGAUUGCAUCCCUGCAUAUUAUCAUCACAGCUCAUGUUGUAUUUCACAACUGUAACAUUUCUGAAAAAUGAAUGCAAAAUAAAAGUGAUGACACACCAAUCUAAAUUA